AUGAAUUCUCCGCCAGAAGCAAGAAUCAAAUCGAUUCUAGACCCGAAAUUCGCUUGUCUGGCGCCUGUCCGCGUGUUCCAAACCGUAUACAUAGCUAGGCGACGUUUCUGUAUUAGUCUCGUAGUGUCACAGAAAAUUUGUUCCUUCUUUGACACUCCUUCAAGUGAUGGAAUCACAUAUGAGUUCAAAAGCGUCCGAUGGGGCUGUGAAUUGCGGAAUAAGAGACACUCGGACUUGUUUGUUUCUUCGAAAGCUGCUGCACCUUCUCUUAGAUUAUUGACAACGCGUUUUUCCUUGAUUGCCACGUCGAUUCCUUCUGCAUUAUCAAUAAGAUCCAUACUGACAUUUAUAUCGCCCAUGAGAACCACAUUUUUCCCCAUCUCGUGGAGUUUGCGGCAUCUCUUCAAAAGUACAGAAAGAAAUGCCAUACGAAACUCUUGGCCCUCUUCCGAUCCUUGCGAGUUGGCUGGGCAAUAUACGGAGAAAAACCACAGUUCCUCCAGCUAA